UGAUGGACAGCGUGGCACUGAAAGGAGGUCGUGGCAGUGCCUCCAUGGUCCAGAAGUGCAAACUGUGUGCACGGGAAAACUCCAUUGAAAUUUUGAGCAGCACCAUCAAGUCUUACAAUGCUGAAGACAAUGAGAAGUUCAAGACAAUCGUAGAGUUUGAGUGUCGGGGCCUUGAACCAGUUGACUUCCAGCCCCAGGCUGGGUUUGCUGCGGAAGGUGUGGAGUCAGGGACAGUCUUCAGUGAUAUUAAUCUGCAAGAAAAGGACUGGACAGAGUAUGACGAGAAGGCUCAGGAGUCUGUGGGUAUCUUUGAGGUGACCCAUCAAUUUGUAAAGUGCUGAACUGUCUUCCUGAAAACUUGCCCAUAAGAACCGAGCGGAGAAAUGGUGCCCUGAGCAGCAAACCCCAUGGAAGCUUCUCAUCUCUGAUCUCCUAGCACCUGUACCAAGCCCUCACAGUCUGCAUGCUGGGGUUUGUCACGGUUCUAAGUCCCAACAAUAAAGCCCCUGUUGGAGUGCAAAGUUAGUAUGUGCAAUACUCCCUCCACAAAUAACAAUGGACUCUGGAGGUCUUUGCUUUCUGAUUCCUACUCUGCACCUGAUCCAAUUUGCAAACUACACAGGAGCCCACAGCUUAUUAAGGCUCUCCAUCUCUUGGGAAAUAGGCAGGUCAACCUACAGGAUCAAAGGCAUGAAGGGCCAGUGGCACUAAGGGCAGAGAAGCCUGUGGAAUGAUGCUGUGAGCCGAGCAGCUCCAAACUAAAACACUCGCUGAUCACCAUGGUUCUCCAGUAAGCCCAGGCAUCUGUUAGCUUCCAACUUCACCUCAGACCUCACUCAAGACCAGCAGCCCACUCCUGGCACACAUCCUUCCACUCCACAUUCCUGGCUGGCAGCCAGUCUCUUUUCAUUUGCUGUGGUAGAAUACUCCCUGUCAGAAUCAACAUGGAAGUUCUUCCUAUGUGGAAUCAGCCUCUGUGACCCCUGAACCUCUCGCUGGUCCUGGCUUAUCCCUGUGGCCAUACCUGUAUGUUCUGCUUCCAGACAACUCUUUGGAACGAAGACAGCAACCAUGGCCUGCUAAGUCUCAUGUACCAAAGAUCCCCACACAACAGAGUUGUUUAGUGCAGUACUAGGCCAUGAGGAUGCUUGUGCCUUCAUACCUGGGAACCCACCAUUUGGAAGACCUGUUGCACAGACUGUAUUCCUCCAAUAUUCUCCAGGAGCAAAAACAAAGAUUUUAUUUUUUUAAUUUAUGUA